AUGGAGGUCGCUCGUACCUCCAUGAUCCAUGCAGCUGCCCCCCAUCUUCUGUGGCCGUUUGCGGUCCGGUACGCCGUGCAUCAGCUCAACCUCUGGCCCCGUGUCUCCGUGCCAGAGACUUUGCCCACACUACGUUGGACGGGGGAGGUUGGCGAUGCGUCGCGUUUCUGGGUCUGGGGUGCUUGUGCCUUUGUCCGCGAUACCACUGCGGACAAGCUCUCCCCUCGCGCCAUUCCCUGCGUCUUCCUUGGCUUUGUCCCUGACGCGCCUGGCUGGCAGUUUUACGACCCCACCUCGCGCCGUGUCUUUGCGUCUCAGGACAUCACCUUUGAUGAGUCGGUCCCCUUUUACCGUCUCUUUCCCUACCACACUGCCCCUCUCUCCCCCCCGCCGCUCUUUCUUGCUCCAAGUCCUCCCCAGGUAGACCCCCUCCCCGCUCCAGGUCCUGCUCCUUCAAGUGUGUCUCAGGUAGACCCUGCUCCCUUGACUCAGCCGGUUGAGGUCACUGGUGACUCAGGUCCUACUGGGGGUGGUCCUGCUCGGGGUGCUGCUUUUGGGGGUGCUGAGCCUGGGGGUGCAGAGCCUGGGGGUGCUGAGCCUGGGCUCUCCUUGGAGUCUGAAGGUGCUGGUACUGGAGGUGCGGGCGCUGGAGGUUCUGGAGCUGCUGGAGGUGCUGGUACUGGAGGUGCUGGCGCUGGAGGUUCUGGAGCUGCUGGAGGUGCUGGUACUGGAGAUGCUGGUGCUGGUACUGGAGAUGCUGGCGCUGGAGGUUCUGGAGCUGCUGGAGGUGCUGGUACUGGAGGUGCUGUCGCUGGAGGUUCUGGAGCUGCUGGAGGUGCUGGUACUGGAGGUGCUCGCGCUGAAUGUUCUGGAGCUGCUGGCGGUGCUCGCGCUGGAGGCGCUGGAGCUGGAGGUUCUGGAGCUGCUAGAGGUGCUGGAGCUACUACUGCUGGAGCUACUAGUGCUGGUGGCACUGCACAGCUGCGACUCCUGGCUCCCCUCUCCCUGCUCCUUCUCCAUACACUGAGCAGACAGGAGGUCUUGCUGAGCACUGUCCGCACUGGUCGUCGUGGUCGUCGUAUUCCUCGUAAGCGUCCGCUGGCUGUCCCUGGCACGCACCUCAUGGCCCAGCGUCCUUCCUCUGCUCUGCAGCAUGUUCCCCUACCGUCCCCUCCUGCGACUUCCCUGCCUGACAUUCCAGACCCUGAGUCUGACCGCGCUCGUGUUUCUUCCCCUACUAUCACGCGUCUACUUGCCAUUGUUGUCACUGACCCUUCGUUUGAGUCCACUGAUGCGUCUGCUUUAGUCGCUGAGCUUGUUGACUUUGCUACUGCGUGUCGUCUAGACUACGCUGCUAGUCUUGUUGCUGAGUCUGAGUCUGUCUGUCCUCCGUCCGUCGGGGGUGAGUGUGCUCUUGGCACUGACGUCCUUGAGGACAGGCAGGAGGACUUUGAGUGUCUUGUGGCUGCUGUACCUCAUCUCGUGGCCAUGCUUCUUGCCCCUGAGGGAGACCCGGAUGCUCCAGACAUCCCGACCCCACGCUCUUACGCUGAGGCAAUCGCGGGUGAGUACUCCUCUCAGUGGCAGACAGCCAUGGACGCAAAGAUGGCAUCCUGGAAGUCCACAGGCACUUACGUCGAUGAAGUUCCCCCUCCUGGGGCGAACAUCGUCGAUGGCAUGUCGAUUUUCAGGGUGAAGCGGCCGCCGGGUUCUCCGCCGGGUUCUCCGCCGGGUUCUCCGCCUGUCUUCAAGGCUCAUUACGUUGCACGAGGCUUCAGUCAGCGACAGGGAGUUGACUUCUUCCAGAGCUUCUCCCCCACCCUGAAGAUGACCACUCUUCGGGUGCUGCUGCACGUCGCGGCUCAGCGUGACUACGAGCUUCACUCUCUCGACUUCAGCACAUCGUUCUUACAGGGCAGUCUGCACGAGGAGAUCUGGCUGCGCCGCCCACCUGGCUUCACUGGGUCGUUCCCUCUUGGUACCCAGUGGAGCCUCCGUCGGCCGGUCUAUGGUCUCCGGCAGGCGCCUCGUGAGUGGGACGACACACUGAGGACGACGCAUGCGGCUCUUGGGUUCGCCCCUUCCACUACUGACCCGUCGCUGUUUCUGCGCACCGACACUUCGCUGCCGCCGUUCUACAUCCUCGUGUACGUCGACGACUUGGUCUUUGCCACUGCUGACACUGAGGCUCUCGCCCUGGUGAAGGCGGAGCUGCAGAAGGGACAGACGUGCACAGACCUGGGUGAGCUGCGCAGUUACCUUGGCUUGCAGAUCACCCGGGACAGAGCACGCCGCACCAUCAUACUGACUCAGUCACACAUGGUGCAGCAGGUCCUUCAGCGCUUCGGCUUCACCUGGUCCUCGGCACAGGCCACUCUUCUGGCUACAGGCCACUUGCUCUUAGCUCCACCUUCGGACGAGUCCGUAGAGCCGAGUGGUCCGUACCCAGAGCUAGUGGGCUGCCUCAUGUACCUGAUGACCUGCACUCGACCUGACCUUGCGUACCCUCUUGGCAUUUUGGCUUGCUACGUGGCUCCUGGUAGGCACAGAAAGGUGCACAUGGAUGCUGCUAAGAGGGUACUGCGCUACUUGUGUAGUACAUCGGGCAUGGGGCUCGUUCUUGGAGGACGGGGUGACGUUGUCCUCACUGGACACUCUGACGCGUCUUGGGUUGACGACCUGGCUACACAGCGGUCGUCACAGGGUUACACAUUCAGCCUUGGCUCCGGCUCUGUUUCCCGGCGGUCUACACGCCCGUCUUCUGUUCUCAGCUCCAGUUGUGAGGCUGAGAUCUAUGCCACAGCCAUGGCUGCACAGGAGUUACGCUGGCUCACCUACCUGCUGACUGACUUGGGAGAGCGGCCUCGUUCUCCUCCAAUUCUGUACGUAGACAUUGCCAUUACCUUGUAUCAGGAGCACAGACUGGAGCACAGAACGAAGCACAUCGCUCUGCGUUACUUUCUGGCUCGAGAGUUGCAACAGCGUGGUCAGCUUCGUCUUGCUCACGUGGCCAUUCGGGCCAACACUGCUGAUAUAUUCACCAAAGGCAUUUCCGUCUGGUGA